AUGAAACAUUUAAUCAUGCUUUGCCUCACCUUCGCAUUUGUAACCAAAGAUGCAGAAACUCUGCUUAACCAAAUGGAUUGGAAAAAUUUACUAGCCAGCGGAGCACUGGACUUGAACGUCAUGCGUUGUUUUCUGCGCAACAAAAACUUUUGUCCCAGUCCGUACAUCGAGCAUCGGCUCUAUGCACCCAACGCCUCUCGCCGUGGCAUGCCCCUGAAUAUAAAGAACCCUCUGACUUUGUAUCAAGGCGGUUUCAGCAAACAGCGCGAGACGGUGUUCAUAGUGCACGGCUUUAAUGGGACCGCCAUCGAUCGGCACUUGCAGUUUCUGAGGGAUGCCUAUUUGUCGCGCGACUUUAAUGUGAUCACUGUCGAUUGGCGUCCCUUGACCCGAUAUCCCUGCUAUGUACAUUCGCUAAUCAACACACGACUGACGGCGCAGUGCACGGCACAAAUUUACUCCUUUCUGACACACUAUGGCGCUUCACGUGAGAAGAUCACCUGCGUGGGCCACUCGCUGGGCGCCCAUAUUUGCGGCAUGAUUAGCAAUCACUUGUCUAAGAAACAAUAUCGCAUCAUAGGUCUGGAUCCGGCGCGUCCACUUAUUGAACGAAUGAAGAGCAACCGCUUCCGUUUAUCGCAUGAUGAUGCCAGCGUUAUUCAAGUGCUGCACACAAAUGCAGGCUUUUUAGGGCAGGAAGAUAAUACAGGACAUAUGAACUAUUGCGUUAACGGAGGACGUGUUCAACCCUACUGCAAAGGCAACCCCAUAAGACGAUCUCGAUGCUCGCAUUUCUUAAGCAUCUGUUAUUUGGCCAAUGCAACCUUUAAGAAUAAAAAAUUUCUGGGCGUUCCUUGUCCCAAUGGGUGUGUAAAUCUGUCGGGACCCAAACGCCUGCCCGUCAGUGGCAAAAUAAAUCCAUUUGAAUUCGUUUCUCUUCUGCGCGAAUAUCACAUUGGCAACGAUGCGCCCGAUAACGCGCGUGGCUGCGUAUGCAUUGAUGUGCCCUAUGCAAAGCAUUGUCCGUUUACGGAUGUUACAUAAUAACUAUUUUAGAUUCAUAACAUUUUCAUUAAUUAUAUAAUUAAGUCUAUGUUAAUAUGUAAUAGAGUAC